AAACAAUAUGAAGUUUGCCUACAAAGAGGAACAUCCGUUUGAAAAGCGCAGAGCAGAGGGCGAGAAGAUCCGUAAGAAAUAUCCCGAUAGAGUACCCGUGAUUGUAGAGAAGGCACCGAAAGCACGUAUCGGCGAUUUGGACAAAAAGAAGUAUUUGGUUCCGUCGGACCUGACUGUCGGUCAGUUUUAUUUCCUGAUCCGUAAGCGAAUCCAUUUGAGACCCGAAGACGCACUGUUCUUCUUCGUGGACAAUGUGAUCCCUCCCACCUGUGCCACAAUGGGUACACUAUAUCAGGACCAUCACGAAGAGGACUUCUUUUUAUAUAUUGCUUAUAGCGAUGAGUCAGUCUAUGGACAUACAUCUCAACCCUCACUGACUCUCGAAACCAAUCAUUAAAUAUGUUUUCUCUCUUUAUUUUGUUUAUUCAUGUUAUUAAUACUUUAAGAUAUUAUAAUAACAAUUAUUAUUAUUAAUGAUAUAUAUAUAUAAAUAUAUUGUCGCAGAUAUAGCUAAUGAAUAAGAUGUCGAUAUAAUUAAGAUAUGAUAUGAUAUUUAACUAAUUGUCACAUAAGUUGAGAUAUACUUAUUAGAAAUAAUAACAAUUUAUUGUAUAAUAGGAUGUAAUUUGUAUUUGUUUUUAUUUUUUGUGUUAAUAUUUUUCCUCCUUUAUUGACAUGAUUUUUGCGACAAUUGAAUGCACCAAAAGUAAGUAAUGAUAUACUAUUUGCAAUCGAGACUUCAGUUUUAAUUAUAAAAAUGACAUUUAUAUUAAAAAUUUUUGAAUUUGAAAUUCUAUGUAAAAU